AUGCACAUUGGGAUUCUUGCAGCUGCUGCUCAUGCCAAUGCCAAUAGCAGCCCUUUCACCAUCUUCUUCAAUCCAAGAGCAAGUCCUUCAGAGUUUGUAGUUCCUCUAGCCAAGUACAACAAAGCGUUGUACUCUCAAGUAUCUCUUGGAAUGCGGUUUCGGAUGAUGUUUGAGACUGAGGAUUGUGGUGUUCGAAGAUAUAUGGGUACAGUCACCGGUAUUAGUGAUCUUGACCCUGUUAGAUGGAAAGGCUCCCAAUGGCACCCGUUAGCUCUUCGCUUGCUAUACCGCCUUCUUGCAUUUGAUCCCAAAGACCGUCCCGCAGCUGAAGAGGCACUGGCAGAUCCUUACUUUUAUGGACUGGCAAACGUGGAACGGGAACCAUCUACCCAACCGAUUCCAAAACUUGAGUUUGAAUUUGAAAGAAGGAAAAUAAUGAAAGAAGACGUGAGGGAAUUGAUCUAUAAAGAGAUACUAGAGUAUCAUCCUCAGAUGCUACCAUAUAAAGUUUUGCAUUUUGACAUCCGUUGUGUUCUGUGUUGGGUUACGUUUCUGUUUCAGAGAGAGAGAGAGAGAGUCCUAGCUCCUAAGGAAGAGAACAACCUGCAGCUUCUUUGGCCCCGACACCCGUAA